CUUUCAAUUCAAUUCAAUUCAAUCCAAAAUAAUAAUCGAAUCAAUCAGAUUGCUGAUCGAUCGAUUAAGUGAAAAAACAGGGAACGGUUGGAUUUUAUGGUGAUAAGCGAUGCCGCCCAAGCAAGCCUCAAAAGCAGAUUUAGCGAAGAAGCAGAAGAUCGUAGAGGACAAGACAUUCGGUCUCAAAAACAAGAACAAAAGCAAAAAUGUUCAAAAAUACGUCCAAAAUCUUAAGCAAUCCGUGCAACCCAAACCCGACCCCAGUAAAACCGCUCAAAAUAAAAAGAAAGAGGAAGAGAAGACCAAGGAGAAGGAGCUGAAUGAGUUGUUCAAGAUUGCUAUUACUCAGCCUAAAGUGCCUGUUGGUGUUGAUCCCAAGUCAAUAUUAUGUGAAUUCUAUAAAGCGGGGCAAUGCGCCAAAGGUUUUAAAUGCAAGUUCUCACACGACCUGAAUGUUCAGAGGAAAGGCGAGAAGAUUGACAUUUACAGUGAUAAGCGCGAUCAAGGAACAAUGGAAGACUGGGAUCAGGCAACUUUGGAGAAGGUUGUGGAGUCAAAGGGGAAGGAGUAUCAGCAGAAUAAGCCUACUGAUAUUGUUUGUAAAUACUUUUUAGAAGCUGUGGAAAAGAAACAAUAUGGUUGGUUUUGGGUCUGCCCCAAUGGUGGUAAAGAAUGUCAUUACAGACAUGCUCUUCCCCCAGGAUAUGUCCUGAAGUCUCAGAUGAAAGCUUUGAUAGAGGAAGAGAGUGAAAAAACACCAAUUGAGGAUGAGAUUGAGAAUCAGCGUGCCAAAUUAAAAUCUUCAACUCCUAUGACUCCUGAAUUAUUUAUGGAAUGGAAGAAGAAGAAGAUAGCAGAAAGAGAUGAAGGUUUGGCUGCACAGAGAGCAGAAAGGGCUAAGAAUGACCGUAUGAGCGGUCGUGAACUAUUUCUGUCAGAUGCUAGUUUAUUUGUGGAUGAUGCAGAGGCAUAUGAAAAAUACCAAAGGGAUGAAGAGUCGGAUGCUCCUGAAAAUAAGGCCAAUAAUUCAGCUGCUGCUGGACCAAGUACUUCAGCAAUAAUUGCUGUUGAUGCCGAAGCUGUUCCUGAUGAUGAUGAUGAUGAUGAACUAGACAUGGAUGAAUUAGAUGAACUUGAAGCAAGCUUAGCGAAAACGUCAAUUCAAAUUCAGGAGCCUUCUCGACCAUAAUUUUGAGAUGCAGAGUCUUCAGUCCACAUGCGUUUUAAAGUGUCGACUCUAUGAUCCUGCUACGCAUUUCUUCCCAUCACGAUUUCCCUUGAGACUACUGAGCUUGCUGUUACCCUGGUAGAGUUGCAGCCAUGGCUAUUAUUUUGUGUUAAAGUUCACCCAUAAGCCUAAUGAUGCGCCAUCAUGUUGUGAAAUUGGCAGUUGUAUCCCAUUUUUGAGGCUGGGUUGGUAUGAACAACGAGGAUCAUGAUUAUAAUGAUUCUGGUUUCUUAUUCGUUUAAGCUUGUGGGUACUCAAAGCUGGAUGGAUUCUCUUAUGUUGAAUAAACCCUUUCGUGUAUUAUUAUUAUUAGAAUGUAAUUUACACUUGUAUCGUA